GGGGGGAGCCGUGAGGUGGGUGGAGGGACACGGGGGUGCCCCGCGAGAGGAGCUGGGGGGCCGCAGCCCAGCCCCCCGCCCGCGGACUCCGCCCCGCCGCGGUGCCGCCCGCCGCCGCCAGGGUUCGCCCUUGUGCCGCCGGAGCCCGCGUGUCACCGCCCACCGGAAGGGGCGGGGCCCGCGGGCGGGGCUCGGUGUGCCCACGGGCCCCGCCUUGGUGUUCGGGGAUCACGACUCACCCGUGUACCGCCCCCUCUCCCCGCGUGCUCGCGCCCCGGGGCCACCCACGGCGAAUGGGGGGCGGGGCGGGACGGGGGGGACACCACCACCCCCCGCGAAGUACCAUGGGAAACUCCGCGCGCCGCCCCGUGAUGUCGCGCGGCCCCGCGCAGACAAAGGGCCCGGCCCCGGCCCCCGCGUGGGGCACGUCGGGAAGGGGGCGGAAGGGGCGGGGCCCCCUGGUUUCCAGCUCCCGGCAGGCGCGGGGCGGGUCAGGGGUGAAGGGGUGGGGCGGGCGGCCGCGGGGCCGGCGGGGCUCGGUGCACAGGCACGAGGUGAUGGCAGCAUGGAGGAGAGAGAGGCUGAGGCAGCAGGGACGGUGACGGAGCCAGCAGCAGUGGCCAAGGCUGGGGAGGAUGAAGGCGGCCUGGCAGGGCGGUUCCUGCGGCUGGAGCGGGAGCAGAGUGUGCUGCUGCAGGCGCUGCCACCCUUUGGGGAGCCUGUCAGCCACGUCUACCACCCCCUCGACUAUGCCUGGGAGCCCCACUGCGACUUUGUGCGCCGCUACUGCUGCACCCCCAAGCGCGUCCUGUUCCUUGGCAUGAACCCGGGCCCCUUCGGCAUGGCCCAGACCGGGGUCCCAUUCGGAGAAGCCUGGCACGUGCGGGAGUGGCUGCAGGUCGCUGGCGGGGUGAAGAAGCCGCCCUCAGAGCACCCCAAGCGCCCGGUGCUGGGCCUGGCCUGUCAACGGGCGGAGGUGAGCGGCGCCCGCUUUUGGGGGCUGGUGCGGACCCUCUGCCCAGACCCCCAUCUUUUUUUCCGUCACUGCUUCGUCCACAACCACUGCCCCCUCCUCUUCCUCGCCUCCAGUGGCCGGAACCUGCCCCCCACUGAGCUGCCCCCAGCCCAGCGUGACCGGUUGAUGGUGCUGUGUGACCGGAUGCUGGCGCGAGCUGUGGGGCUGCUGGGUGUGGGGCUGGUGGUGGGCAUCGGGCGCUACGCUGAGCGGCGGGCACGGCGUGCCCUCGCGGCCUCCGGCCUGGCUGUCCGCGUCGAGGGGUUACCCCAUCCCUCGCCCCGAAAUCCCCGCGCUAACCGGGGCUGGGAGGAGCUGGCCAAGGCACGACUGGGAGAACUGGGAGUGCUGGAGCUGUUGGAGGAGGGGGUGAGGAGGAGAUGAGGGAAGCUUGGAGGGAAAGGAUGGAUCUGUGCCUCAGUUUUCGCUGCUGGGAACAAGGGAGGGGGUUAGUGGGUCUGUGCCUCAGUUUCCCCAGCUGGGAGCUGUGUUGGGACACUUCAGGGGGGGUGGGGAGGGGGGGGAAGAUCUGUGCCUGUUUCCCCCACAAGAUCAAGCCCAGGGUCUCAUUUUGAGGGAGAGGGUGGGUCUGUGCCUCAGUUUCCCACACUGAGAGCAAAGUGGGGUUCCAUCGUGCAGAGAUGGGGCAGUGAGCCACUCCCCCGUGCCUCAGUUUCCCCUUGCUGCAUGGCAGACCCCACCCCAGGGCUAUUUCUGCCAGGGGGCCCAGCCAGCAGCCUCCAGUUCUCCCAGUUAGCCAGUUGAACACUAAAUGGGCUCUGGGGGCAGGGUUAGUUGCCACAUCCCAUGGUGGUUGCUGCUGUGAUCACUCCCUGUGCCUCGGCUUCCCCGUUGAGGUGCCUGUGAGCCCUGGGCUUGGUCCCCACUGGAUUUUGGGGCUCCUUGCCCUUUUAUUUCCCUUAAAAUCGCCCGUUUUGGGGGUUUUUUUAAGCUAUUUAACCCAAGGGGUCAGUGGCCCUGCUCGCUUUUGGCAGGGGAAACUGAGGCACGGGCACAUACCCUGGCAGCUGGUGAUGGGGCACGGCGGGGUCCCCCGGGCGAUCUGUGGCUGUCCCCGUGCCUCAGUUUCCCCUGCUGGCAAUAAACACUACAUCCUGCA